CAGGCAUUAAUCGGACUACUACAAUGAGAUACGCCCAUAGGAUGCGACUCACCGAUGAAGGACCCCACGUUGGCGUGUGCGAAUAUUGAUAUGGCAGAAGUGAAGGUCAAAAAAGAAUCUACCGAUCCCGUGGAAAUCGAAAAUCGGAUAAAGGAGCUUUGCCAGCAGUUUCCACAUGGAAUAACAGACCAGGUUAUUCAGAAUGACAUGCCUCACGUGGAGGCCCAGCAGAGGGCGAUGGCCAUCAACAGACUGCUGUCAGUGGGACAACUCGACCUGUUAAGGAACAGCACUGGACUGCUGUACCGACUGAAGGACACACAGACGGCUAGUAAAAUGAAGGGAUCAGACAACCAAGAAAAGCUGGUGUAUCAGGUUAUUGAAGAUGCAGGAAACAAAGGGAUCUGGAGUAGGGAUAUCCGGUACAAAAGCAACCUCCCCCUGACAGAGAUCAACAAGAUCCUGAAGAACCUGGAGAGUAAGAAACUUAUCAAGGCUGUCAAGUCUGUGGCUGCCUCUAAGAAGAAGGUUUACAUGCUGUACAACCUGCAGCCCGAUCGCUCUGUCACGGGGGGAGCCUGGUACAGUGACCAGGACUUUGAGUCAGAGUUCGUGGAGGUGCUGAACCAGCAGUGCUUCAAAUUCCUGCAGAGUAAGGCAGAAGCAGCGAGGGACAGUAAGCAGAGCCCCAUGGUCCAGAGGAACAGCUCCUUUGCCACCUCACAUGAAGUGUGGAAGUACAUCUGUGAGCUGGGCAUCAGCAAGGUGGAGCUCUCCAUGGAGGACAUCGAGACCAUUCUGAACACGCUGAUCUACGACGGCAAGGUGGAGAUGACCAUCAUCGCCGCCAAAGAGGGGACCGUGGGCAGUGUGGACGGGCAGAUGAAGCUCUACAGAGGCGUCAAUCCCAUCAUCCAAUCCACGGGCCUGGUCAAGACUCCCUGUGGCCUGUGUCCCGUGUUUGACGACUGCCAUGAAGGUGGUGAGAUUUCUCCCUCUAACUGCAUUUACAUGGUGGAGUGGCUGGACUUCUGACCAAAACACUUCUCACAGUAUAUGAAAGACUGGGAUGGUGCCAGCUGAUAUUUUUAUUUUUUACUCGUAGACGCGCCAUUUUAUUUUGGGAGACAUCUUCACAGUGACUAAUUUAGCCUUUGUAAAUAUGUCAAACUGACCAGGAGUGAUGUGGCCUUACGUCUUUGUGGUUGGAUCCUUUUUUUUUUCUUCUGCGUCUCCCAGUGUUUUCCACAUGGAGUUUGACCUUUUCGUUUUCUCCAAAGAAUUGAAAAGACUACUUUGCACAUGAAAGAAAAAUCUUGGAGCAGACAGAGAGUCGGCCAUGUUCUGAUCUGCCAGGAGUGGCUUCGAGCCACACUAAGAGCCGGUAAUGAUCCUAGAGUAGCGGUUUCUCUCGCGUGAAAGAGCUGUGGUUCUGCCUAGACUUAGUGCUGCUGUGGGCGAGACCAGUGUGAAACUUUCUCCCUGCAUGACCCUUAAAUAAACAUUGUCCUGUACAGUCAGCAACUUCUACUUUACGAGGCUGCAACUGAAACGACCACCGCAAACAAUACAAGGAGGUGCUCUGUAAUAUAUGAAUGGCAAGCUUAAAAGCUUACUGUACAUCUGCACAAAGCCUGGGUUAUAAUUAUCCUUAAUAUAUGGAGGGGAGAGAGUUGGUGUAUCAAUAUAACUAGAGAAUAAAAUUUAUUUAUACAUUUUCA